CCAGGCCUAAGGAGAAGCUGCUGAAGUUUCCAGCUAGAGCCUCCCUCCUGCCCAAACAGACACCCUUCACUACCGGCGCCUUCCCUUCGCCCUCCACUGUGCUGCAGCAACCCCCAUGCCUUCCCACCUCCUCCACAGAUAGCCCCUCUGCCCCUUUCCCCAGCCCUCCCUGCUGAUUGUAACUGGAGCCGGGUUCUGCUGUUCACAGCCACCCAACUGCCCUGGGGACAGUGGCUAACUUUGGACUGGAACCAGAGGAGAAGAGGCUGUGGUGGACACACAGGCGUCCCCAUGUCCAGUGCAGACGCCCUGCCCGAUUACCCGCUCCACUCCGACCUGGUGAGGAGACUGAAGUCGGCCCUGGCCACACAGAACGAGGAGGCGGUGAGGGACAUGAUCUGCACUGAAGUGGCCCCCGUGGACGCUGUGAUCGAGCUGGCCAAUGACGACUGGAUGAAGGAGCCCUCGGCCCAACUGCCCCCGGGCGCCCUGCUAGGAGAGCUGGGCCACGUCCAGCCCCUCAUGGACCAGCUCUUCCCGGAUGCCAAUGUGGUGUUCGAGAUCCGUAAGGAGGAGAUGGAGUGGCAAGCAGAAUCCCCAGCCACCUUUGGGCUGUCAGGUCUCUGGACCCUGGAGUACAAGCGCGAGCUCACCACGCCCCUGCGCAUCGCGGCGGCCCACGGCCACACAGCCUGCGUGCGACAUCUGCUGGACCGUGGCGCUGACCCCGAUGCCACCCCUGGGGGCCGCGGCGCCCUGCACGAGGCCUGCCUGGGAGCCCACACUGCCUGCGCCCGCCUGCUGCUGCGGCACCGCGCCGACCCGGACCUGGCCAGCGCCGACGGCCUGGCUCCCCUGCACCUGUGCCGCGCGCCGGCCUCGCUCGGGUGUGCGGAGGCCCUGCUGGAGCAUGGCGCCUCGGUGCAGCAAGCUGGGGGCACGGGCCAGGACACCCCACUGCACGUGGCGGCACAGCACGGCCUGGACGAUCACGCGCGCCUCUACCUGGACUGCAGGGCACGAGUGGACGCAAGGAACAGCCGCGGGGAGACAGCACUGAGCCUGGCUUGUGGCGCGGCGCAGAGACUCGACGACCUGGAGCACACACGCGGCUUGCGUCUGUGCGCGCUGCUGCUCCAGCACGGUGCGGCAGUGGACGCGCGGGACGAGGACGAGCGCACCCCGCUGCACAAGGCCUGCGGCCAUGCGCAGCACAGCCUGGUGCGCCUCUUGCUGCUGCACGGCGCCCACGCGGGUGCGCUCGACUACGGGGGCGCCUCGCCGCUGGCCCGCGCUCUGCAGGCGGCUGCCUGCGCGCCCGCGGCCGCUGCACAAAGCACGAUCCAGGUGCUGCUCAACCACGGCUCCCCCACCGUGUGGCCCGACGCCUUCCCCAAGGUUCUGAGGACCUGUGCAUUGGUCCCCGCUGUCAUUGAGGUCCUUGUCAACUCCUACACUCAGCUCCGUGUGUCCGAGUCCUGGAAGGAGAUGAUUCCCGAUGAAGUCUAUCAGAUGCACCAGCCUUUCUACCAGUCCCUCUUCACCCUAGCCCACACUCCUCGCUGCCUGCAGCACCUCUGUCGCUGCAGCCUUCGCAAAAUCUUUGGCAAAAAGUGCUUUGACCUUGUGCCCCUGUUGCCCUUGCCCAUGCCCUUGAAAAACUACAUGCUGUUGGAGCCAGAAGGUGUUUUGCACUGAGAACCAGAGCACCAUGUGGUACCAAGCUCCUGUCUUCCUGUGGUGUUUGGAGGACAGUGCCCUGGCCAAGAGGGGCAUAGCUGCAUGGGCAUCCCAACUCCAUCACUUUCCAUGUGCCUGGUGGAAAUGCAGAACCACAAGCCUUAGGCUUACCUUAAAAUGGGACUGGUGAUCAAGCUCCUUUCUGCCUCAGUUAUGUUGAGGAUCACAUGCAUUUCUAACUGUGGCAGCAACAAAAGUUCAACUACUAAUAUAUACAGUUUUCCCAAAGUGACUUAGCAGCACGUGUGCUGCCCCCUGGACUAUGGACCAGCUCACAGGAAGGACUCCUCCUCCUGGAGCCUAGCUACCUGGAGUGGGUCUGUGCUCAGGACCCAUCAGAACCUUGUGCUGAGGACCUCUGUUUCCAAGAGCAGCAUACUUGGCCUGAGCAAGUAAUCGUGGGACAGUCCAGCACUCCCAGGGGCACAGUGGAGGGACAGGGAGACAUCCUCACUGUCACCUUGAUCUGAUGUGUCAGCUUGGCUGGAUUAAGAACUUCCUGCUACAUCAGCAGAGCACGCUCCUGGGAGUGUCUGGGAGGGCUGUGGGGCGUGGCCUUGGUACUCUGCGUGGGCCAGGUCCCUUCCUCUCCUACACCUCCCCCUGCUCUGCCUCCAGCUGCUGUGAGUCAAGCAGCAGUGCUCCUGCCUGUCUUUCCACCAUGGUGUGCCUGCCUCGGACUGAAUCCCCUGCAAUGUGUGUCAGAUUAGCCCUCUCCUGCUGAAGUCGCAGGCAUUUGGGUGUGGUGGCCCACCCAUGGGAAACUAAAGUACC